AUGCUUCCAUCAUCACCUUCUGGAGUUUCUGGUAUUUCUAUUGGGAAAAGAGGAGAUCUAGUGGGCCCACCUUCUCCUAACUCCCCGCAGGGGCCUUCAGGGUCACUCCAGUGGCCCUGCUUUCACGCUAGGACAGUGCAAGUGCCACCCUCCGAGAUCUUAAGAUCUUUGGGAAAUAAAAAAGACCUCUUCCCCAGAGAAAGACUGGGGCAUGCCCUGCUGUCAGAUCUGAAGACCUCGGCUUGGCCAUCAUACCCUUCACCUAUUGAGCUGACCUAUUCCUGGCCUUCUGGCCUCAGCCCAAGUGCCACUCCUUGA